UCCAAAGGAAGUGAAAACAAUGGCUGCAUUUUGCAGUUUGAAGAAUUUUUGUGAAUAUGAAACUUCUAAAGUUGUCCGUUUUCAGAGCGUUUCCUAUGGGAGUUUGAAAUGGACCUUCCAUAUGGUUGUCUUCCUGUAUGUUUGUUAUGUGCUUGUCACCGACAAACGGUAUCAGAAAAAGGACUCUGUGAUCAGCUCAGUUCAUACUAAAGUGAAGGGAGUAGUUCAGACUGACUCAAGAAUCUGGGACACAGCCGAAUACACUAUUCCCAUGCAGGGAAUAGACUCUUUUUUCGUGAUAACCAACAUAAUUAUGACAGAAAACCAGUUUCAAAGUGUUUGCCCUGAGUACCCCAUUGCCAAAGCUGUCUGCUCUUCAGAUGUGAGCUGCAAAAAAGGACACAUGAACCCCCAGAGUAAUGGAAUUCAGACAGGAAGAUGUGUGAAGUAUAAUGCAACAAUUAAAACCUGUGAAGUCUCUGCCUGGUGCCCUGUGGAAUCAAUGAAAGGUGCCCCAGUGCCUGCCAUUCUGAAGAGUGCUGAAAACUUCACAGUACUAAUAAAGAACAAUAUCCACUUCCCAAAAUUUAAUCACACUGCAAGAAACUUUUCACCAAAAUUGAAUAUUUCGUGCACAUUCAACAAGAUAACUGCACCAGGCUGCCCAAUUUUCCAGCUGGGAGGUAUUCUCCAAGCAACAGGAGAAAAUUUUUCAGAGAUGGCAAUUCAGGGUGGAAUCAUGGGCAUUGAGAUUAACUGGGACUGUAACCUGGACAAAUGGUUCUACCGCUGCAGUCCAAAGUACAGUUUUCGUCGCCUUGAUGACAAAACAACGACUGAAUACCCUGGUUACAACUUCAGAUUCGCGAAGUACUACAAACGGCCCAAUGGGCAGGAGGAACGGACGCUGAUCAAAGCCUAUGGGAUACGAUUCGAUAUCCUCGUCUUCGGCACAGCUGGACGGUUUAACAUCUUUGAGCUGCUGGUGUACAUCGGGUCUGUGCUGUCCUACUUUGGCUUGGCUCAGUUCAUUAUUGAUUUCCUUAUUACUUCAUACACUUAUCCCUGCUGCAAAGCAUCCAUCAAGGAAUAUUACUUCAGGAAGAAGUGCGAGUCUGCUCUGGGGCCAAAAUGGACCCUGAUGUACGUGUCAUAUGUUGAUGACCCACACAUUCUUCUGGUAGACAAACCGCUGAGAACGAGUCUGCAGAACGUUAAAGGCGAGAUUGUUCAGUUGCCGGGAGACACUGGGGCUUUUACUGACACGACCAAGCUCGCAGCACAAUGUUCCAACCGGGUCCCUGUCAUAGCGAAAGCCUAUGAGAUGCAACCCCUUAAAAGCGAAGGGCAAACUUCUCCAUCCCACGACCGCCCUUCUUGGUGCUGCUGUGGGAAAUGCCACCAAACGCAGUCUUUCCGGGAGCAGCUCUGCUGCCGAAGAAAAGAAGGGGCAUGCAUUACAACCUCGGCUUUGUUCGAGCAGCUCGUUCUUUCCAGAUCAGCACUGGAGUUUAUCCUGCUUUACAAAGAGCCCUUGUUGGACUUGAAUACUGAGACCCUCAAUAACGAGCUUCGUCACUGUGCUUACAGACAGUAUAUUCACUGGCGUUUUGGCUCUGCUGAGGUGGAGAGCAGUGCCCUGAUACCAAGUUGCUGCAGGUGGAAGAUCAGAGAAACUUAUCCCAGUGAGGAUGGCAAGUAUACUGGUUUAGAGAGGAAGAAGCAGGGGGUGCAGCAGCCCCCAGGCUUACCGCCCAACCACCCCAGCAGGGGAGCCGGGGCGGGGUCAGCCCCUGGCGGGGUUGCUCCAAUAGGGGGUGCCCGCUCCCUGUCAAUCCGGGGCCGGGCAGCUGUGGGGGCGGGAGUUCCCGAGCCAGGGCUCCGCAGGCGCCGCUGGCCCCGGCAUGAGCCGCAGCUGCCGAGCCUGAGCCCGCGGCCGAGGGAGGAGCGGGGCGGGCUGCAGCCCCCAGCCGGGCUCAUGGCCUCCGGGGCGUGCUGGGGGGCGCUCCGCGGCUUCCUCUUCGAGUACGACACCCCCCGCAUCGUGCUGAUCAAGAGCCGCAAAGUGGGGCUGGUGAACCGGGCGGUGCAGCUGGCCAUCCUGGCCUACGUGAUCGGCUGGGUCUUUGUGUGGGAAAAGGGCUACCAAGAAACAGACAAUGUGGUCAGUUCGGUUACCACCAAGGUGAAAGGAAUAACCAUGACAAACACAUCGGAGUUGGGACUCCGGGUCUGGGAUGUGGCUGACUAUGUUAUUCCACCUCAGGGAGAGAAUACGUUAUUCAUCAUGACAAACCUGAUAAUCACACUGAAUCAGACACAAGGCUAUUGUCCUGAGCUUCCAGAUAAGACAACGGUGUGUAAUUCCAGUAAGGACUGUACUGCAGGAUACAUAGGCACCCACAGCAAUGGAGUCCAGACUGGGAAGUGUAGGAAGUACUCCACCUCUGUCAAAACCUGUGAGAUCUAUGCUUGGUGUCCCGUGGAGAAUGACACUCGUUUACCUAAGCCGGCUUUCCUAAAGGAUGCUGAGAACUUCACCAUUUUGGUGAAGAACAAUAUCUGGUAUCCCAAGUUCAACUUCACCAGGCGAAAUAUUCUGCCCUCUAUCAGUACCACUUACCUCAAGACCUGCAUUUAUGACCCUAAAACGGAUCCCUUCUGCCCAAUCUUCCGAAUCCGUCGAAUAGUUGAAGCUGCAGGACAGAAUUUUCAGGAGAUGGCUGUUGAGGGUGGAGUAAUGGGGGUGCAGAUCAACUGGAACUGUGACCUUGACAAAUCUGCUUCUUACUGUGUGCCAAAAUACACCUUCCGUCGCCUUGACAACAAGGAUUCUGACCACACGGUCUCACCUGGAUAUAAUUUCAGGUUUGCAAAAUACUACAAGGACGCAAGUGGCACUGACUCGCGGACACUAAUUAAGGCUUACGGCAUCCGUUUUGAUAUCAUGGUGUUUGGAAAGGCAGGAAAAUUUGAUAUAAUUCCUACAAUGAUUAACAUUGGCUCUGGGCUAGCACUGUUUGGAGUGGCAACAGUCCUGUGUGACAUCGUGGUUCUGUACUUCAUGAAGAAGAGAUAUUACUACAGAGAGAAGAAAUACAAAUACGUAGAAGAUUAUGAACUGGGAGCCAGUGAGACAUAUGGAACGCAAUCCUGACAGCGGUGGUACUGCAGCAUCAACUGCCCAACAUGAAGUGCUGCUAUGAAUGUUGUUCUGCUUCAUGGAGAGACAGUAAGAUGAUGCUGCAGGCUUCCCUUCCUGGAACUGGGUUAAUCAAUCUGUGUUCUCCAAGAGGAAAGAAAGAGAAACCUCCCUCAUUACUUUAUGGCUGACAAACAGUGCAUUCUUGUUCGGUGUUACUGACAACCUAGGGACAGUUUUGAAGCUACUAGUUGUUCGAAUUCUGGCCAUGGUAAACAAAUGUAAAGAUCAGAAUGUGUAUGCCAAACUCUCAUGGAAAGUGUCUCAAGAUAAGUAACAGCUGAGUAAGUCUUCCCUUCCCCCUUACUGCCUAUAUCCCCUUAUUCUCUAGGAAGCCCCCGGGAGGGGCCAGUCACCCACCGCCUACCUCUUUGCUAGGGGCAGAGGAAGUUGGGCCAGGAUGAGUGAUAUUAAAUGGGGGAAGGGUAGCUGCCCUCCCUUGAGGUUACUUGGUGGGAGAGCCAGGCCCCUCUUAAGAGGUGAGAUCCCUUCCCCUGCUGUGGUGAACCUGGUCACUAAUCUUCCCCCUCAGGCCUGGAGAGCAUCUAGCUACAGCCUGAUUGCAAUAAAAUGUAUUUCCUUACUGUGAGGGCAAGUCACCAGCUAACCUGCAGGUUAUCCCUCAUGUAUGUGAUCUUUAGGAGCCCAGAGUAGGAGAUGAAGCUCGCUCUAGGUCUCCUGCAUUCGAGUAGGUGGCUGAUGCAUUUAUAAAGAGGCUGCUUUUUUUCUGGUCCUCUUAAAAGUCAGUGUUUGUAAUGAAGGAAAAGGAUGACAACAGUGAUGGCAUCUUCACUCAUUGUGAAGUGCUAAUAUUCCAAACACUCAAGUUAACUAUAUUGAAUAAACUUUGUUCUAAGUGAUUUAAUAUAAGAGGAAAAUCCAUUCUCUAGUGAACCAAUAAAGCCCUUGCAAAGGUAAA